AGUUUUGUUUUUAGUCGUUGUUUAUCCAAACCUUAGUUGCUGUUAGGUUUAUGCUAGAUAGUGUUACAUUCUGCGUACGAACUUGUGCCUUUUGACAAACGUGGUCAAAUUAAACGUUGGCGCGGCGGCGUGACCUUUUAGUUAGCACCUACACACAAUGUAAAUUAGACUCCAGCCCAAGAUAGACACGCUAAACAAAUAACAAACGGGGGUCAAAACGUCGAUACCUCGACCCUACUUCUCACACCAAGAAAUCAAAUCAUCUGUUUUAAACUCCUUUUCUAUACAAACAGCUUUAGCGAACCCGGGUGAUGGCGUAUAAGUUGGAAUUGAACAAGACGGGUACACGCGUCGCUGAAAUGGACAGGGGCGGAUCACCUGUGUGUACAUUACACGCGUGUACAUUUCGCCCACCCUGUCAAGAAAUAUACAACACGAUUGGACCAAAAUCAACUUGACAUCUCUGCUCAAAGAAACCCACCCAAGUAAUGAAUGGACUUAACAAUCCGUCGACAUACCCGUAUCACUGAAAUUGGAAACGGACUAACAGAAACACUGAAAUUGUGGAUUAAGAAAGACACUUCGUUUUAAUAUUCUAAUAUCGGCGGCAGGUGUUCGCAGAUUCUAACAAUGAAAUUACCAUUUCUUGCUUUGGUUUGCUUCAUCGCUGGAUCCAGACUUGUACAAGGAAAAUUAACGUUCUGUUACUACAGUAGUGACGCCAAUUACAGACCAAAACCUCUGGGAGCUUUCUGGCCCGAAGACAUCGACACGAAUCUAUGUACACAUAUCAUCUUCGCUUUUGCUGACGUCGAUGGGUAUCACAUGAAACCAGCCAUCCCUGAACAUCUUGACCGACCGUGGGCUAAAGGUCUAUACUCACGUACCAUCGCUCUGAAAAAGAGGAACCCCAACUUGAAGGUGCUGAUAGCGGUGGGGGGCUGGAAGGUGGGGUCCAAGCCGUUCGCGGCGCUCAUCAAGACGUUCUGGAGUCGACAGCAGUGGGUGAACAACAUGGUGCGCUACCUCCGCCAGUACGGAUUCGACGGACUCGACAUGGACUGGGAGUUCCCCGGGAUUAGAGGCAGCGACCGAUCUGACAAGCCCAAGUUCACGUCCUAUUUGAGGCAAAUCCAAGAUGCUUUUAAAGAAGAGGCGCGCAAAACUGGCAAGGAGAAGUUGAUCCUCACCCUGGCAACCGCCGCUGGAAGAGGAUUCAUUGAGGCGGGAUACGAGCCCAAAGAGAUCGUCAAACACGUUGACUACCUGCUUGUGAUGACGUACAACUACCACGGCCAGUGGGAGGACAACGUGGGCCACCACAGCGGCAUAUACAAGAACCGCAUCGACAAGGGCUGGAGACAGGAGUUAAACCAGGAAUGGACAGUUAACUUUUGGCUUGACGCCGGCAUCCACCCCAGCCGCUUCAUCAUGGGCAUCGCCACAUACGGGAUGAGCUACACACUGCUGAGCAGGUGGAAACACAACAUCGGCGACAACGCCACGCGAGGGGGACGACCCGGCCCCUACACGACAGAACGCGGCGUGCUCGCAUACUACGAGAUUUGCCAGUUUCAAAAGAAUAACAACUGGAAGCGGGUGUGGAUCCCUGAACAGUUUGCGCCCUAUUCCUACGGAGGUGACCAGUGGGUGGGGUAUGAUGACGUCGAGAGCAUUGGACAUAAGGCGCGGUUUCUGAAUGAGAAGAAUCUUGGCGGGGCCUUCGUGUGGUCGGUGGAGAUGGACGACUUCACGGGCCAGGGGUGUGGUCAGGGCAAAUACCCGCUGCUGAAAGAGAUCAACAGAAUCAUCGGAGGCCCGUCUGCCGCGAACAGCCGACCGCGCCCUCAGAAAAACGAAGCGCCCACGUCAACAGGCUUCCAGAGUCCCGGAGUGACUGGAGUAAGCUGCAGUCGUCUUGGGCCUGGCCUGCACCGCGAUCCCACCAAGUGUAGGAACUUCCACCUGUGCGUUGUCUGGGGCAACAAGCUUGCGUCCUACCAACUAACAUGUCCAGUUAACACAGGUUUUGACGCCAAGAGGAACAGCUGCAUGUGGAUGGAGUCCUGCCAGUGGUGGAAUUAAACAAGACAAGCCAUUGGACAAAUGGGUAGUUAGUGACAAUGAGAUAUCUUGUGAUUGGUCAUCACAAUAUCAUUAUCCGCCAUUUGUUUUUUUUGUAAUUUACUAAUAUUGUAAUUAAAACAUGCAGACGCAGGGAAAACCAACUAUUUAUGGCAACUAGAAACGUAAACAGCAUACGUUAAGGGUGUACUCACUCUCCAUCUUGCAAAUGUCAUAUUUCGCAAUUUUAAAAUGUUUUGAAUAUCAACAUUUUAAUUUUGCCACUCCUUGGAGAAAUAUGUAUAGACAAUAUUCAUCAGGUAUCCACUAACAAUUAGGUUUGUUUUUUAUUCUGUCGAUAUAGAGAUGCAAUUAAAAAUCAAAGUAUGACAUGACGAGUUAACCUGUCUGUCACACUGAGUUGGAUUUUGCAGUAAUAUAAAUGAUAAAAUUCAAUGUGGUACUAAAUAAAAAUAAAUGUUUUUCAAUAUAAUGUAAUUUGACAAGAAAAGUUAAUAAAUAUUUUGGUCAUUAUGCAACUUAGAGACUGUCCCUUUAAAAUACAUGUAAGUAUCACGCACUGGGCCAGUACCAGUACCAGUACCAGUACCAGUACCAGUGCCAGCGCCAGCGCCAGCGCCAGUACCAGUACCAAUGGUACUUACAAGGAACAUGCAACACAUUCUCCCAGCUAUACACAAUAAAGUUUCGGAUUAGCUGUAAAUAGGCUGCAUAUUAAAUAUAGAGAAUAUAGUUUGCAUCGUAUUGUUGCUGCUCGAGAUCAUAUAUUUGUAACAUUCUAACUAGACACGUUUUCAA